AUUGUAAUUUGCAGCGCCACGAGUGGAGGAGAAACAAGCUUCUAUUUUGGAGAUUAGCCAGAGCAGGAGAUUCCAAGCUGCGUAGUGAAAUUCGGAGAAAACGUGACCUUCUUGCUCUUGAGCUCAUUGAAGCAAUGGCAGCUGCACGGAAUUUAUUUACUUUUUUGCGCCACUCUCCUCUCUUGAACAAAACUCAGUCCAAUAUUUUAACAAAAAAUGUCAGAAGUAUCUUUUGGUCUCCCGUACAUAAUCUGGAGGAUGCGAGAAAAACCGACAAGCGCGUGAAAUGCACUUUAAUCCCAGGCGACGGCGUUGGUCCCGAACUUUGCCAGUCAGUCAAGGAUGUUUUUCAGGCUAUUAGUGUUCCCGUAGAAUUCGAAGAGUUGUUCUUGAGCGAGGUUCACCAAUCUAUGAGCGUUUCUGUCGAAGAGGUGAUGCAAUCUGUUAAAAAAAACGGAGUAGCCCUGAAAGGUACCUUGCAGUCUCCAUUCAGCACCCACACCGGUGAAUUGCAAACACUCAACAUGAAGAUCAGAAAGGACUUGGAUUUAUUCGCCAAUGUCGUCCACGUUCGAACUUUUCCCGGAGUAAAAACUCGGCACAGUAACCUGGACUUUGUGAUUAUUCGGGAGCAGACGGAAGGGGAGUACAGCGCUCUGGAGCAUGAAAGUGUUCCUGGAGUUAUCGAGUGCCUCAAAAUCGUCACCCAAGAGCGGUCUGCAAAAAUCGCCAAGUUUGCUUUCGACUACGCCACCAAGAGGGGUCGCAAGAAGGUGACCGCUGUCCACAAAGCGAACAUCAUGAAGCUUGGGGACGGUCUCUUCCUCCGAUGCUGCGAGGAGGUCUCCAAGCUCUAUCCCCAAAUCGAAUUCUCCAACAUGAUCAUUGACAACACCUGCAUGCAACUCGUGUCCCACCCCGAGCAGUUCGACGUGAUGGUCAUGCCCAAUCUUUACGGGAACAUCAUAGACAACCUGGCUGCGGGCAUAGUGGGGGGAGCCGGUCUGGUGCCUGGUGCGAGUUACAGUUCGGAGUGCGUCAUACACGAGCCGGGUGCUCGUCACACGUUUGGAGAAGCGGUGGGCAAGAACAUUGCCAACCCAACGGCCAUGCUGUUCUGCGCCGUGGGAAUGCUGCGACACGUCAACCUCGUAUAUUAUGCAAACAUCGUAGCGGAGGCUGUCGAGAACGUAUUGAAGGAAGGUAAAGUGAGAACGAGAGAUUUGGGAGGAUACUCUAGCACAACAGAUUUUACUCAGGCAGUGAUUGAACAUCUGCCGCAUUAACAUCAUCUUCUAUAGAUAGUGAAUGUAGGAGGCUUUUUUGUGAUAUAUCAAAUACUCCUUCUAGAAGAACUUUAUUGUGAAUAGUUUAGAAUGACUAAAAAGUAUUGUAUCAUCUGGUUUUCAUGCCAAAGGGUAUUUGUGAUUAUAAUUUUCCUUUCCCAUUUUUACAAAGUUUAUUAUAAAGUCUAUGUAUGAGAAAUUUCUAUGUUAUCAGUUUUUGGUCUAUUUUCUCACUCUUUUAGUAAUAUCGAGAUUUUGGGUUCUGUGCAGAGUUAAACAUAAUUUUAAGUUUUAUAUGUUGACCCAUAAACCCUGUGGCAGAAUCGUGGCGACAUUGUUGCAGAACGUUACAGAGUUCUUGCAGAAAGAUUUCUCUUUUGAAAAGUGAAAAUGAAAAUGACUCUUCUUUUCUAGAGAAAUUUACGCAUAAUAUUUGAAUCACUCAUUUAGAUAAUCACUUUCUGAUCUUUUUUUAAGCAAUUGCUGCUAUGGAUUUCAUGAUUUUUAAUUACCUAUUAUUUUUUUAUUGUGAUGAUUAUUUACAAAUGAAAAGGAGUUAAUUUGUACGUUCCACCCCCUUUCAAAAUUCAAUAAUAUCACCCAUAAUAUUGGAGUGAAAAAUUAUUACAUGUUCAGUUAAAAACAAAUUAUAUAGUUUUUUUUUUGUAAACACAGUUCUUUUGUUACUUUAAACUGUUAACAUACAUGCUUGUUAUCAUUAAAAGUAUCUUGCAGAAAGAUAUUAGUGCUAGAGAGGUUUGUCACAGAUAGCUAAAAAAAAAUCUGCCACGGGGCCCAUAAAUGUGUCUCGAGUUUAUUUUAAACAUUGUAGGUAAUUCUGUGCUAUUGUUAGAACACCGUAGCACAUUUUUUGUCAAAACUUUGUUUAUCUGUUAUUGAGAACUAUUAAAAAAAUUGCCACACUUUUAUCGAAACUGGCGAUGAUUCGUUAAUUGUGGUAAUGGUGUCGUACUUCGAAAUUUCUCUAAAAAUGAAAUGAAGGGCUAGGUACUUUUUCAUUUUUGAAUGGCCCUCAUUUUGCUUAAUUUACCCACCUUCUCAUUACAUCUAGCUAGAUAAGUGUUCUUCAAAAUGGAAUAAAAUAUACAAAUAAAUAUCAUAAAAGUAUUUUAUAAUAACUUAGACUAAAAAUAAUUUAAUAGUAAUUAGGGUAAUUUGAAGUGCAAUCUCUUUAUCUUAAAAGAAGAAUACAAAAUUUUUUGAAAAAAAGGGGAAGGAAAAAGAUUUUUUUCUCUGCGAAAGGUCAGACAAGAUUGACCUCUUAUCUAAAAACUUUGCCUGAUAAAGUGUGAUUAUGGCUUUAUGGUUGUUUCCCUUGAAACAGGUAAGCACCUUUUAUUUGUAUGCAAAGUAAUGACCUGGAUACGUACUUUCCAAAUAGAGUUGCAUAAGUGAGAAAUUGCUGAAAAUGAAGAUCUCCGACAGCUUUUUCAUUUUAUUUAUUUUUGUAACCUGAACAAAACGGAGAUUCAACAAAAAAUUAAAUAAAUAAUAAUUUUUUCUAAGGAAUAGAGGAAUUUAUUUUUUCUCCCUCAUUCCAAGAGCUAAUGACUAAGUAAUCCUCAUAUUUGGAAAGUGUUAUUUUUCUCAGAUAAAACAGUUUUUUUUUUACUUAAUUUUUUCUGACUUUUAAACAGUGUAAAUGUUUAACGUCAAACUUUGAUUGUGAGAGAUAUUGCGGUAUUUACGCUAACUACCUUCGCCAAAUGUUUUUUUUAUUUUUUACUUUUCAUAAACUUAGCAACGACAAAAAUACUAAUAAAAAUGAAAGCAAUGUUUUGGGUUUUAUUCCAGGGUGCGUACAGACUCCUUGGAAAUAAAAAAAAGUCUCCAAGGAGUACUUGGAACUACUUAGAUUUUUAAAUUAGUCCUUAGAAACUCCUUAGAUUAUUGUGUUGCAUAGAUGAACUUACUAAGUACGCUGAUGAAUUUACUGUCCAAGCAGGGAAACUAAUGAUAUGACAUAGCUGUCAAAAUCUAAUAAUUUAA